AUGGAAUUGGUAUAUUUGUGGUUUGCUUAUCUCGUAAGAGCCCUGCUGCUGCUUGACCACAUCACUGGUCUCACACUAAGAAAAAGAGUAAUGAAUGGGCCUCAGUUAGAGUCGCAGAAUUACCAAGAUGAGAACACUCCAUUGCUGCGCCAACAUGAACGAAGUGCAGAGGAAGACACGACGAAAAGUCCCCCACUCCUGAUCAGAUGGUUCAAUUCGGUGAAACACUGUAUAGCUAGAAAUCCUUACAGCUUUGCGGUAGGUUUUGCUUUUCUGGCAUUUUUUGGGUUUCAUCUGUGGUUGUUUGCUACUAAGGGAAGCAGUUUUUAUCAGGAAGCUAUGGUCGUAAACUUUCAGCAUGUUACACUUGAGGAAUUCACUGAUAAGGGUAUUAAGAUAUCCUUCAAAGGGUCGCUGUUCUUUGAUUACAACAUGAUCAAUAAUUCGUAUUAUCGUCUAUAUACCAUUUUGAUGAGCACAUUAGUUGGCACAGUAAAGGUCUGUAAUCCCAGUGUCUUUGACGUUUUUUUGAAGCUUGGGGAUACGAAGUCUGAUAAAUACCAAUUUCAUCGUAUUUCAAACUUGCAAUUACCCGAGACUGUGAUUGACUUGACAGAUAAAAAGAUAAAUGACAUUGCCAUCGAACAAUCCGUUGAUAUUUUUGAGCAUCCGAUCAACCAAUUGGGAAAAGAUAUACUCAGUUUAUGGAGUAAUCACAGUCAUCCUGAUGAGAUUUUUUUUACCGCACGAACAAGUGGAAACCUUAACAUGGCUACACUGUCACUUCAUGUGGGAAAUUUCAGUGUUACUCGUGAUUUAACGUUGUCCUUUGACACUUCCGAUGGUGAUUUGGAGGAGUAUAUGAAGAUUGACCAGAUAUCAAUCUCCGACCAAUUGGGGUCCUAUCAGGUUGAAACAUUGGCAACUUUUAGUCCAUUAAAAUACCCAUUAAAAGCAUCGAUUCCUCAUGCUUCCUUUCAAAUCAGGAUUUGGGAUUGUGAAGAAGAAGAACUUGUACCUCUUGCUAAUUUGUCGAUGGAUCAGGUGUUCCUGAAACCUUACGAGGAAUUGAUGGUUGGUUCCACUUUAACGAUCAGUGAGCUGGAUUCUAGGUUAACCUCAAAUUGCCCGUCUACCAAUAUUUCGCCAUUAAAUGAGUUAGUCGUCGACUAUUUACGCGGUGCAAAAUCGUUAAUCUACUUCUGCGGUUCAACUAACACAGAAAACGAGGAUAUUCCAGAAUGGCUUCAGUCAGUACUUGAAGGACUCGUUUUACCAUUCGACUCCCGCAUUAUUUCCCCCCUAUUAAAAAAGUUUACUCCAGACUUGGACUCUUUAAACACUACUCUGCAACUCAAAGAGAUUGGAAUCCAUUCAAUAGAUUCAGAUUCCCAACCACAUAUAAAUGCAAAGUUUUAUGGUGACGUGACUUUACCAGCUUACACAAAUUUAUCCAGCCUGAAUAUAUCCGGAUUUACAUCCUCAUUUGAUGUUUCACAAGCCCACAAAAGCAUUGCGAAGGUGUACAUCGAAGAAUGGCAGGAUAGUUCUACCACUGUUAGUGAAGACGUCCUUUAUUUCCAAGGGAUAAUCAAGGAUAGUCUGAUUGACAUACUUUCCCCAGAAACAAUUUCUCAUAUGAUCCAAAAAUAUUUGAACAAUCACUCGCAGACUGUUGAUGUUGAUGCAACUUUAGGGAUUCAAGCACAUAUUCCAGUAUCCGAACAGCGUCUCGAGCUUUCAGACCUUGAAGUACAACUUCCGAUCGAAUUGGCCGGACCUUCGAAGGAUAUUGACAGUGUGCUGGAUCAUUUGAAUGUCACGGUUCUCAACAUUGACGUCAUCUCAACUACCAAGGAUUCCAUUUUAUUGCUGGUAGAUGCAGACAUACUAAACCCUUUCGCCAGUGGAUUCAACCUCGUGAAUAUUGAUCUGGAUUUACAACUUGCAUACAAUGAAUCGACACUAGGCCACCUCUCCUUAUUUGAGAACAUUGAAAGUUCAGGAAGCUCCUGGUUCUCAGCUUCUGCGCUUUUUGACAUUGAUCCGAAUCGAUACACAAUUGACAAUAUCCCAUCAUCAGAUGUAUCCCCAAUAGAGAAACUCGAACAAUUGGUCAGCGGAUACCUAUCUGGCGAGGAAACAUUAGUAACCAUUGAAGGCCACGAUAGAAGUAUACCGACUUCACCUUUACUAUCUCAAGUUUUGAAAAAUUUAUCAGUGACAUUACCAAUUCCACAAAUUGUCUACGAAGAACACAAAAUCCUAUCAUCAAACCCAGAUUACCAAUCUGGUUUUAUCCUAGAUUCAACGAUGCAUCUCAUGUCAUCCGAGAUAGAAUUUACAGUCUACAAUCCAAUAUCUAACUCUGAAGCAUUUGUCUUGAUACAGAACGCCAAAGCCUCUUAUGAAGGCACUGUAUUAGGAUAUAUUGGGAGAGAACAGAGUCUUAUCAUCCCACCGGGAGUAAGCACAACUCCUCGAAUUCCUAUCCGAUAUGCAACUUCCGGAAUAGGAGCUGAUAUUUUAAGGAAAGCUGUGAACGGUGAACUCAAGGUCGACGCGCAGGCCGUUGUCGAGUUUGGUUUACAAUCUUUCAAGCUUCAAUUGAUCUAUCAUGGUAAGGGCAUGAGGAGUAACAUUAGAUUAUAG